AUGGGUGCCGAAAGUCAAACAGCGUCUGGCGCAAAGCCAAGCUCAUCGAGCUCCUCUGCCGCUGCCAAAAAGCGGAAGCUAUCUGCAAGUUAUGACCAGGACUCGUCAGCCCCUGCCAGUCAUGAGAUGGAGUCACCCAAGAAGGCGCGCAAGAAGAAGGACCCGAAUGAGGAGAAGCGACUGCGCAAGUUUCGUGAUCAUGCGCCCCAGAAAUUCAACGAUGUCUACCAGCGCGCCACCUCCCAGCGCUUCUAUGUCCUGAGCAGAUCUCGGGCCUGGACAGGACAGUGUCCGGAGGAGAUUGUCGAGCUCGCCGGUUCCACUGGGAAUAUCUAUAGCGUUCACAUCGCUCGUCAACCCACUUGCACUUGCCCGCACCACAAGGCCGGUCAUCAAUGCAAACACAUUCUUUACGUCUUAUCCCGCGUUCUCCGCGCCAGAUUUGACCUGGUCUACCAACUGGCAUUGUUGUCGACUGAAUUGGACGAGAUCUUCAUCCAUGCGCCGCCUAUUGAAGUUGGCGAAGACGCAGAGAAACCCAAGGAAGACAAGAACCGCAAGCCGGUCGAGGGCGACUGCCCCAUCUGUUUCAUGCCAUUCGAAGAAGCAGAGGCAACCGUGUAUUGUCGUGCGCAAUGUGGCCAGAACAUCCACAAGGAGUGUUUCGAGAUGUGGGCAACUACCAAGCGUCAAAAUGGAGGCGCUCGCGACGAUCGUGUCACUUGUCCAAUGUGUCGAACGCCGUGGCAAGGCGAUGAUGACAUGAUCAAGAAGAUCAAUAUCCCCAAGACUGCCGGAAGAGAAGGCUAUGUCAACAUUGCUGAUCAGCUCGGCAUCAGCAGAGUUCGAGACACGAGCACGUACUUCUCGGAUCCGAGUCGCAGCGGAUAUUACGGAAGCAGCUGGCGUUGA